GUACUCGAAGCCGUUUCGCAUUGAUCUUAGUAUAUUCACGCAAAGAUCAAGACUAGCCCUACUUCCACAUCGCUACUCAAAGGAACUCAAACAGCAUCGUACACCCAGAGGCUGCAACAAUGAUACUUUCUCAUUUAUGCCGUCAUGUGGUAGGCACAAGUAGAGGGCAGACUAUGGCUUCGACAAUGGUUGCGUUGUGUGUUACCCUAGAAUGCUACUUUAUCUUGGAUAUCCGCGCGAUUGUUUAUUCCGUCUUUGAUUAUGCUCGUUGUCAACGCAGUAGAUUCAUAGCUUAGUAGCACAUCUGUUUGAAACCUCCCUUGGGAUAACCACAUUACAGCA